GGAAGAGUGUGAACAAGAGAGAGAAGAGGCGUUCUCUAACAGAAAGAGGUAGAGGAGAGGAGAGCAAAAUAGUUGUUUUCUAUCUCCGUGUGGCCCACACUGAGAGUUGUCUCACCAAAAGAGAGGGAAUAUUUUUUUUUUCUUCUGUUCAUGUUAUCACCACUGAUCAUACAGAAUAAAAACCUUGUUAAACUUGGGUUUUCUUCAAUCUGAACUCAACAGUAAAACUGUAAUCUCAGACUGAUUAUUCUGACGAGGCUAGUUUUAUUAGGAUCCUACUAGUUGUCAUAAUACCAGUCUGUCUCUGAGAUGGGGUCCAGAACUCUUCUACUUGUUCUGGGUCUUCAUUUCACUCUUCUGGGGAACCUAGAGGCCAGAGUUUGCGGCCUGGGCUUCAAAGCCAAAGGGAGACAGCAAUGUGUUGAUAUAGAUGAGUGUAAAGAGAAGGACAGUACCCCACCCUGUGGAAGUAAAGCUGCAUGUUACAACACACAGGGGAGCUUCUACUGUCAGUGUCUACCUGGGUUCAGAUCCACAACAUCUUUCAAGUUUACUCCUCUCGCUGGAGAGUGUAACGAUCUCAAUGAGUGCCAGAAGACACCACAGGUUUGUGGCAGCAACGCCACUUGCCUCAACACCAUCGGGAGCUACCUCUGCCAGUGUCAACCUGGGUUCAGAUCCACAACGCCUGUCAACUAUACUGCUCUCACUGGGGAGUGUAAGGACGUGAAUGAGUGUAAGGAGCAGACUGCUGAUUGCCCCAACAACUCAUCCUGUGUGAACACCCCAGGGUCCUACGUCUGCAACUGCCAGUCUGGGUACACACUAACAGAGAGCAAGUGUGAAGACCUCGAUGAGUGCCAAGAUUCACCUCAGGUUUGUGGCAGCAACGCCAGUUGCCUCAACACCAUUGGGAGCUACCACUGCCAGUGUCAACCUGGGUUCAGAUUCUCUCAUCACACUGUGAAGGACUGAUGGAAAGUCCAAUAUCAUGUUUUCUGAUGAGUUUACCAAUGAUUGUGUCACGUCUGCUCCUGCUCCCCCUCUCUGACGCUCGAGGAUGCCAGGCGGCUCAUCAUUACUCACACCUCUCCCCAUCGUUACGUGCCCCAGCGCUUCAUCGGACUCACCUGGACGCCAUCACGGCAUUGAUUAUCUACCCUAUAUCUGUCACCCCCUCCAGUUAAUUUUCCGCGUCUGCAUUGAUGCUGUUUUGUUUCUCCUGUCCAGACGCUGUUCCUGUUUUUCAUGUCUGUUAACCCAUUAAAUAUUCAUUCCCUGUACUUACUACAUUUCCUUUUCAAAGACUUGCUGAGGCAUUUAUCAGUUAGUGACACUGUAGUAAUAUACAGUAUAAAGAUACCUGGAUCAGGCUGUUUUUUAAUUGAUUUUUAUUGAACCUUUAUUUAACUGGACAAGUCAGUUAAUUAAAAACAACAUUUUAUUUACCAUGAUGCCCUAGGAACAGUGGGUUAACUGCCUUGUUCAGAGGCAGAACAACAUAUAUAUUUUUCUUCCAGUUCCGGAGAUUCAAUCUAGGAACCAUUCGGUUAUUGGCCCAAUGCUCUAACCACUAGGCUACUGCCGCCCCUUAGGAUACCUAUCUCCCUGCUGUUAACCUCUCUUGGGUAGGGGGCAGUAUUUUCACCUCCGGAUGAAAAGCGUGCCCAAAGUAAAUUGCCUGUUACUCAGGCCCAGAAUUUAGGAUAUGCAUAUAAUUAGUAGAUUUGGAUAGAAAACACUCUAAAGUUUCCAAAACGGUUAAAAUAAUAUGCCUAUGAGUAUAACAGAACUGAUAUGGCAGGCGAAAACCUGAGAAAAAUACAUCUAGGAAGUGGAAUUGUUUUCAUGUGGCUGUUUUUCAACUCAAUACCAAUAGAGAAUCCAAUGGGUUUGGAAUCCGAUUGCAGUUCCUAUGGCUUCCACUAGAUGUCAACAGUCUUUAGACAUUGUUUCAGGCAUUUAUUUUGAAAAACGAUGUGUGAAAAGCCAUUUUGGUCAGAGGACAGAGGAAGUUUGCAGACCUGAUUUGGCGCACUCUUUGUUAUUUUUCCUUUCUAUUGAAAACGGUAUUGUCCGGUUAAAUUUUUUAUUGAUUAUAAAUACAAUUAACAACCUGAGGAUUAAUUAUAAGUGUAACUGGGAGUCUGUAAGUGCAACCAUAUGAAGAUCAUCAAAGGUAAGUGAUUAGUUUUAUCGCUAUUUCUGACUCCUCGACUUGGCUGGUAAUGAUUGUAUGUUUGUUUUUUUACAUGGGGCGCUGUCCUCAGAUAAUCGCAUGGUAUGCUUUCGCCGUAAAGCCUUUUUGAAAUUUGACCACAGGCUCAAACGCAGUCAAAACAGGCAGACAAAAAAAUCCAAAUGAUAUCCGUAAAGUACAUAGAAACAUGUCAAACGAUGUUUAUAUUCAAUCCUCAGGUUGUUUUUAGCCUAAAUGAUCUAUAAUAUUUCAACCGGACAAUAACAUCGUCAAUAUAAAAGGUAAACAAGAAAUGCACUCUCUCGGGAUUGCGCAUGAAAAAGCUCUGCGACACGGUAGGGUCCACUCAUUCAGACUGGUCUUACUCCCUCAUUUAUAAGAAUACAAGCCUGAAACGAUGGAUACUGUAAUGGCAUUGAAUAGAAAACUACAAAAUCCCCCCCAAAAAUAAUUCCUGGAUGGAUUUUUCUCAGGUUUUCGCCUGCCAAAUCAGUUCUGUUUUAUUCACAGACACGAUUUUAACAGUUUUGGAAACUUUAGAGUAUUUUCUAUCCAAAUCUACAUGCACAUAUAUACAUCUAUAUGCAUAUCAUAUCUUCUGGGCCCGAAUAGCAGGCUGUUUAAUUAUGGGCAUGCUUUUCAUCCAAAAUUCUGAAUGAUGCCCCCUACCCUAGAGAGGUUAAGAAAUGUACUGAAACCCCCAGUGUAAACCUUGUACACAAAAUGUUUGAAAUGUUUGAAACGUCUUUUAAUAUUGAUUAUGAAGUACUGGGACAGAAUGGGGAAAUAAACACUUAAUAGGGUUGAAUGACCUCCGACCUCUAUUCUGCCUUUCUGGUGAGGCCUAAUCACCCUCACUAGAAAGGCUAGAGACAUUGGGUGAGAUUUAAAUGUAAGAUGUAAACACUGAUAAUUAGUAAGAAGAUCAUAAAUUAAAUCAGAUGGGUCACAUACACAUGUUUUAUCAAUAGUCCUAUGUGUGAUUCAGACCAUGAGGAGGAGAGAGAGAGAGAGAGAGAGAGAGAGAGAGAGAGAGAGAGAGAGAGAGAGAGAGAGAGAGAGAGAGAGAGAGAGAGAGAGUGCUGCCCCUGAAUGAGGGAAACCUGUCUCCAGUCCAUAUUAUUAUAUCUUGAAUUACCUUAUGGGAUACAAUUAUUUCCUUAUGGAGUUAUCAAGGUAUGUCAUUUGACUGUAUUUGUUAUUCUGAUUUGUUUAUGUUUUACUUAACCGGCAGUGUUGUUAUUGUUUUGGACGCAUAAAACACGAUGUGAGUCAUGUGUCAAAAGGGAAGAAGUGCAUUGUGGUUCUUGUUAUUGGUUGUUGUUUGAAUUGUGGUUUUUGUUUGUUUGUUGUAUGAUGUUUUGUUUGUUUUGUUUUUGUCUUGCUUCAACAAAAAAAAUCUCUGCAGAUUGGUUCUGCUGUAUGGUCGGGAUUUCUCCCUAAGGGUUAGCCCUCUACCAAACCUGACCCUGUAACUCUGCAGUGAGGUCGUCAAUGUUACAGGGGAGUAUAAGCCAAUUUGAUCAAAUGGUUUUAACAGUGUGUUGUUAUUCUAUUUGACAUUUGUCUUAGACAUUUCUAUUAAGAAUAUUGGCAGUGGUAAUAAUUUGUCAUACAGUAAAUAGUUUAUCUGGUUUCAGGCUUCUAUUUGGAAAAACGACGUGUUAAAAGCCAUUUUAACAAUUUUAAAUAUUUUAACAAUAGUUAUCACAGUGUAAUACAAGGAGGGAAAGUGAGGGAAAAUGUUGCUGUCUGAAGAGGUAGCAUUGAAUUGUACACAGCAUCUCCUCUCACUCUAUCUUGGUUCGUGCAGGUGACUGUGACCUCCUCCUCAGACCAAUUGAAAGUACGCCCAGAACAUUGUUCUGGGAACCAAAAGGAGUAUCUCAGUUUUAAGGUCCCAGAUUUGAGAGAAGAAACCUUGUUAGUUAUCAGUCAGUCAGUCACUUGCAGGAACCAACGUUGAUGAUGAAUAAUGAAUCAUGUAAAUCAUGCUUACAUUAAUUGUUUGGAUAGCCGUAUAUAAGAGAACUAACGGGACUGUCCCAGCAGAGCUCCUGACCGAUGUGUACUAUGCAUGAAGUUUGUUGGAACCUCUCCAGCUUGCUGAUAAUAAAGAAUGAUUCAUUUAAGUUUGA